AUGGACAUUGACGAUGCGCCUACCACACACACUUCGGCUCCCCCUGCCGCUGCGGCCGACGACUCGUACAAGCCGCCGCUGACAGAGGCCAUCCCCCAGGACACGCCGCGCUUCGCCGACCUCGCGGGCCAGAACCUGGUGCACCCGCAGGUCAUCCAGACCAUCACCGAGGACCUCAAGUUUGACCACAUGAUGCCCGUGCAGGCCGCGACCCUAUGGGAGCUCCUCCCGCCGCACCGCAGCGACUGCCUCGUGCAGGCCAAGACGGGCACCGGCAAGACGGUCGCCUUUCUGCUCCCCGCGCUGCAGACCAUGCUCACCAAGACGCUCGGCGCUGCCGCCGGCAACAAGCGCGACUCCGCCAUUUCCCUGCUCGUCAUCUCGCCCACGCGCGAGCUCGCCAUGCAGAUCGCCGCCGAGGCUAACAGCCUGCUGCAGCGCCUGCCCAAGUACCGCGUGCGCAUCGCCAUCGGCGGCACCAACAAGGACCGCGAGGAGCGCCAGAUCCUCGACGGCUGCGACGUGCUCAUCGCGACGCCGGGCCGCCUCAUCGACCACAUGUCCAACGAGGACGUCCUGUACGCGCUCCGCUCGCUCGACACCCUCGUGCUCGACGAGGCCGACCGCCUGCUCGACAUGGGCUUCAUGCCCGCCCUGCGCGAGAUCGUCGGCAAGCUGCCGGACCGCAAGGCCUCCCCCCGCCAGGGCAUGCUCUUCUCCGCCACCAUUGCGCCGCACGUCAAGCAGGUCGCGGGGCUCGUCCUCGUGCCCGGCUACAAGUUCAUCUCGACCAUCCCCGAGGGCGAGAGCAACACGCACGAGCGCGUGCCGCAGCACCUCAUCAAGGUGCCGGAUUUCGCCUCAGUCACCGCCGGCAUGGUCGGCGCGGUGCGCCACGAGGUCGCGCGCGUCGGCAGCGGCGCCCCCUUUAAGGCCAUCGUCUUUGCGCCCACGGCCGCCAUGGCCGGCCUCUACGGACACGUCCUCUCCCAGAUCGCCGGCCUGCCGCCCGUGUCCACGCUCCACAGCCGCAUGACGCAGAACCGCCGCACGAAAAUCACAAACGACUACCGCGACAGCAAGUCGGCCAUCCUCUGCGCGACCGACGUCAUCGCCCGCGGCAUGGACUUCCCGGGCGUCACCACCGUCUUCCAGGUCGGCGUCCCCUCGGAGAAGCAGAGCUACAUCCACCGCCUGGGCCGCACGGCGCGCGCCGACGCCGAGGGCAAGGGCAUCUUCCUCAUCGCCGAGGACGAGGCCUUUUUCCCCAAGUGGACCCUCAAGGAAAUCACCUUCAUCACGCAGGACGCGGAUCUCUCCGCGCAGCCCGAGGUCGCGCGCGUCAUGGAGCGCAUGGACGAGGAGGAAAAGGCGCAGAUCUACAAGGCCUGGAUGGGCUACUACAACAACCACAUGAAGGGCCUGCGCUGGGACAAGGAGGAGCUCGUCCGCCAGGCCAACACCUACGCGCGCGAGGCGCUCGGCACGCCCGAGACGCCGACCAUCCAGCGCAGCACCGUCGGCAAGAUGGGCCUGCGCGGGACGCGGGGCCUCAACAUCGUGCCAGACAGGCCUAAGCCGCCGCGGGGCAAUAGAGGUGGCCGUGGCGGUGGUGGUCGCUAA